ACAUCCUUAGCAUAUGGAGGUUUUAUUUUGAAACGUAAUUAAACAGGAAGUGAGGCAUUUCUUCCUCGACGGUACUUCCAUCCACAAACGAGCAUGAACUAAAGCAGUUGAGUGCUGGGCACCGCAUGCUUAGUUGAGGACGGAGUCAUGGUUGUGAGAAAGAAGACAGACAAAGUAGAGGCUGUGGCGUUGGAUGAGGAGAAACUGCACAAGCUGAUUGAGUCACUCUCUGUAAAUGGGGAGGAAGAUGGAGUCAGGCAGGUUGCGCAGACUCUACAGUCCUGUUUAGAGUUGGCAGAGCCAGUGCAGCAGAUCCAGCUGGUUAAAAAGGCAGGCUCCCAGCUGGAGGCACUGAGUGAAGUUUCGUCUGAUGGAGUUCUACUAGAGGCCUGUCUACAAACCUUGUCUGUGGUGUACACCUCCCUGCAGGCUAAGAAUCCUCUACGACGCGCCAUUGCUAGUGCCUUGAGUUCAGUCCCAGCCUGGCUUCAGGAGCAAACUGCAAAUAUUCUGUCUUCUUGCUUGUCUGACUGUCUGUCCAGUGCAUCGGCGGACAAAUUCCCGCACAUUGUGGACACCAUCUCGGCCUUUCUGGAUGGGUUCCCUCUUGGUGAGAGAUGCAUUAACAAACUCCUGCUUGAAGUGUUGCAGUUCCUUCACAGGGGCCUGAGUGAAUACCUUCUUCAGAACCGUGGUCUAGCAGGAUGUCAUGUAGCCCAAGCCCAGCUGAUGCACUCCUGUUUGGCACUGGUAAAGACCUCCAUGGUGGUCAUCCAAAGAUCACAAGACAGCCUCAGUGCUACUCUGCAGGCCAAACAGGAUCAUUGCAAGUUGGAGGAAGCACUAAACUGCCUCAUGAGCUGCUAUGUACACAUCCUCACUGAUGAGGACUUCGUCCAGUCGGUUCAGAGUACAGCGGGUAUGGCUGUAGUUUUGUUGAUCAGGUCUGUCAUGGGCUAUGGAGAUGAAGUUGCUUCUGUGGUUUGCAGUUUACUGCGUUGUUCAACCCGGGGGUUGAACUCAGCCCCUGAGUGGUUAAAGCAGAGGUGUGAGGAGCUGUGUGGGAGCGGUCGCCCUCCAGGUGUCUCUUUGUAUUUGUGUCAUGGUGCUCUGGCCAUGUUGAGCUGGAAGGGCAGUCUCCCAGGACCUCAGUGGGAACAGCUGCUGUUGUUGGUCCCAAAUACGCUGCUGGAUCUGGAUAUCAGUAUAAAGGAGUCCAGUACUGCAAUGGUGGUGGCUCGGGUUCUGACCCUGUGGAGUAGUGCUGCUCUGGAUUGCCUGAAGCACUGCCCUAUCAGUCUCCAGCAGUCUCUCAGCGGGGGAUCAGAGCUACAACGUCACCUCCUGGAGCACAUUUAUUCCCACUGGGAGCACCCACUAGAUGGGGUCCGCCAUCAGACACGCUCCCUGUUCCGCAACCUUCUUGUCCUUCAUCAGCACACCAACUCUUCCACCCCUGACCCAACUAAUGACCCUUACAUCACGGAGAUCACCCAAAGCCUACUGACACUGGAAUGGCACAUGAGAGGGAAGUACGGCUCGUUGGGCUGCCUAGUGGAGCUCUAUGGAGCGAUGUACUUGCUUACUAUCCAGCCCCAGCUGCCUUCAUGUCUCCUGGACUUGAUGGGUGAUCAAGCCCUGGCUCCUUAUGCUAGUGACCUGCUGGAAAGGCUGUUUGUCAGCCACAAGGAGCAAUUGGCGAGUGAGGCUGAUGCUACAGGAAAGACGCAGGACUGGAUGGCUUUUUGGCACCGCACAUGGGUAACCCCCCUCCUGCAGGUGCUAUGCCACGCCAGAUUAGAUCAGACCACAUAUAUCCUGGAUUACUUCCUUCCCCGACUACUUCGAUGCAGCCCCUCCAGCCUGAGUCACAUGGUGCAAGCUUUACAGGAAACUCCACCCUGCAACCCAGGGCCUUUAGGAAGCAGAGGUGCACUGGGAGCUUUGAUGACGUGCCUCCGUGCGGCCAGGGCCCAAGGUGUUGUUCCAUCUUCAGAAGAGGGUCUGUUGGGAGGGCUGGUGCCCCUUUCCCUGAUUCAGCAAGCCCUGCUUCACAAACAUGAUCAAGUGAGGAUGGAUGCUUUAGGUUUGGUGUGUGAAAGCAAUCGGAGUACGGAGAUCCUGACCUUACAGGAAAUGGACCUUAUUCGCCACUUCCUGCCUCCCAGUCUUAACAGCCAGUCACCGGGUGUCAGGCAGCAGACAGUCAGUCUGCUGAAGAAGCUGCUCUGUAGAGUGAAGGACAGCACUCAGCUGCUACAGAAGAGACUGAGUCAGGAGCAGAGAGACACAGACCAACACACAAUACAUUUGUACAAGGAGUUCCUCCGCUGGCUCUGUGUGACGCUGCUUGAGGUUUUGGGUUCUGGAGCUUCAUUCUCCAAAUGCCUCAUGUCACUCCACUUACUGUGUCUGCUGGGCCAGUUCUUCACCUUCAGCACUGGCUCUGAUGUGUUCAGCCUCGGAGAGGUUGUGACCUCUGCACAUGCCUCAGAUGUCCUUUACUGCGUUGCCAGCAACUUCCUGGAAGUCAAACAGCUGGCAUCAACAGUACUCCAGCAACUCCCUGCAUCAGCUGUGGGACUGGAGUUGCCAGAGAGGAUGUGUAGCGUGCUUCGGGCUGCUCUGGAUCUCAGUACCAGCACCAAGCCAUUUGACAGCGUUACAGCAGCCCACAUCCUCAAGUUGCUACUGCACCAGCCGGACCUGUGCCAGGCUCUGCUGCAUUGUGCCCAGGAGCAUGGCCUUGAUUUCCAUCCUCCUUUACCCCUGCCCGAAGCGUCUGACUCACUCAUCUUGGAGCACAACAGCCUGGCUGUGGUCCAGUUCUUGCUGCGUUGCCUGCAGUCAGAGGUAUUGAGGGCUGAGUCGUCACUCUUGCAAGCAGCGGCGUCCUAUCCUCUGUAUGGCCGAGCUCAUUGCAUCACAGCUGUACUGCAGCGUCUAAAUAAUGAGAGUUUGAAACUGACUGAGCAGUGGAGGCGCUUGCUGUCAGAGCUCAUUACUGUGUGCUACAGGAUGUCUGAUGUGGUCUCGCCUGUAGUCCAGAGCUCCUCCCCAGAAGGACUUAUCCCCAUGGACACCGACUCAGAAUCAACAGGGCUACAGAAGAUCCUCCAGGAAAUACAACCCAGGGACACCAAUGAUUUCUUCACGAGUACCAGAGAGCUAGACACGCACCAAAAAGAUGAUCAAACACAGUGUCCCACCACACACAGUUCGUCAGUGAACACAGUUGGUGAGGGCUACAGGGUGACGGCCCAGAUGGUGCUGGUGUGCUGCUGGCGGAGCAUGAAGGAAGUGGCCAUGCUGCUGGGACAGCUGUGUCAGAGUCUGCCUCUGCACUACACCAAUGACGAGGCACACGUUCACCACGGGCUCAUCACAGUGGAACAGGUGGAGGGGGUGGGUCUGUAUUUCCGUCAGCAGCUCCUGCAGUCCCGUCACCGUGGCGCCUUUGAACUGGCUUACGUGGGCUUUGUGCGCCUCACGGACAUGCUCUGCAGGAGUGGAAGUCAGGCCCUGCAGCAGCUUCCAGCCCGCUGGUUGUCUGAGGUUCUGGAGGAGGUCAAAUCCAGCGACCCGUCAUCCAAGCUGUGCGCCACGCGCCGCAGUGCUGGCAUUCCCUUCUACAUCCAGGCUCUGCUCUCCUCUGAACCAAAGUCGUCCAGCUGCAGUCUGCUGAAGAUGACGAUGAGACAACUGAUCGCCCUGGCCAUGCCAUCUGCUGACAGGAACACUGACAGCUCCACCGUCCCUCAAGUUCAUGCAUUGAACAUCCUCAGGGCUCUGUACAGGGACACUCGCCUAGGGGAAAACAUCAUUCCCUUCGUCUCGGAUGGAAUGCGUGCCGCAGUGCUGGGCUUCACCUCUCCCGUCUGGGCAGUGAGGAACUCCUCUACGCUUCUCUUCAGCACUUUGAUCACAAGGAUUUUUGGAGUGAAGAAGGGAAAGGACGAACACUCGAAAAAGAACAGGAUGACGGGCCGGGAGUUUUUCACCCGUUUCCCAGCGCUCUAUCCAUUCCUUCUGCACCAGCUGGAGGAAGCCGCAGCCACAGUGGAAAGUGACAGUGGUCAGGUGAAGCUCCACCCCAGCCUGUUCCUGCUGCUGCUGGUGCUCAGUCGACUUUACCCAUCGCCUAUGGAUGGCUCCUCUUCACCACUGGGACUGGCUCCUUUCAUGCCGUUCAUCAUUAGAUGCGGGCGCUCGGCAGUCUAUCGGACGAGAGACAUGGCAGCUCGUGCACUCGUCCCCUUCGUUCUGGUCACCCAGAUCCCAUCUACCGUUUCCUCUUUACUGCAGGAGCUUCCUCCAGAGCCACGGCCUAAAAUCCAGCACAACCACAUCCACGGGACUCUGCUGCAGGUGCUGUUCCUGCUGCGCUCCUACCAGACUGACUCACACAGACCUCUGCCAGCAGGAAAUGGCAUAAGCAAAGCCCUCUGUCAGCGCAUGUGGCUCGCCUCGCGACAGAAUUACUGUAUGGUGACAAGAGGGGCCUUUGUGGAUGUGUUGGUGUGCUUGUGUGGGCAAAAGAUCAGUCUCCUGGAAGACACAGAGCUCAAUGAGCUUCGCCAGAAGACUCUGUCCAUCCUGACAGCCUCUGAUCUGCUCAUCUCUGACGCUUCACUGGCUACUCUGGUGCCUGGCAGCACCCAGUGUCUGCUCAGUCUGGCCCGGGUGGCCCUCAGCGCCAGCGUGGAGAUGCCUGGCGUGUGGGGGGCACCUCAGUUGACAACACAACUCCUGCAGUGCCUCCUGCAGUGCCCGCAGUACGAGGUGAGAGAGCUGACGGUGGAGGUGCUCCUGAAGAGGCUGGAAACGGAGCAGGAAGCGAAGAGGAGGCCUCAGUGGCUGGACGAGGCCGUCCUGUCGAACCUGACGAGCCUGGCUCUUCAUGAGACACACCUCCAGUGCCUGGCCAAGGUCCUUCAGGUGCUGUUUGUGUUAUGCUCCGGCGAUGAGCUACUGUGGAUGGACGGUGCCAAGAUUCUGUCCCGGGAGGAAGUCCUCCUGCACCUACUUUCACUGGCUCAAAAUUCUGCUCACAGUGUGGAGCUUCACUGUGCUGCUGUCGCACUGGUCUCUCAGCUGGUGGUUCGGGUGAUCAGCUCUGAUCUGAAGGACUCAAGCACAGCGACUUACUUCCUUCAAUGGGGGGAGCUGGUGUGCUCAUGCUGCAGCGAGGAGCAGCCUUUGGAGGUGAAGCUGACGGCUGCCAAGGUGUUGGUCAACUGUGCUGACUCUCUGAUGACCGCUCCUCGUCUGCCACUGGGUCUGGCCACUACCCUGUGUCUGUGGAGAAGCCUUUUCAUGCUGCUGCAGGAUGAAGACCAGGAAGUCCGAGAUGCUGCCUCCGACUUUAUGGCCAAUGUACCAGCAAGUCUGCUUAGAAAAGACGCGGCGCGUGUGUCCGUGUGUCCUCCGGUGGCCCUGGACUGGGGCGUGGGACUCCUGUGUAGACUGCUGGAGCUGUGGGGGCGGGCACCUGAAGGCAUCCUGGCGCUGACCGGCUGGCUGCUGGGCGAGGAGGGAGGCGACGCCGGCACCGAUGCACAUGAGGCCUCUAGCGUGGAUGAAGAGGACUUCCUGUUUGAGAAGGGGGAUCUGAACCUGUGGGCCGAGCCGACCCAGUGGGUGAAGCUGCUACACAAAAACCUGAACUCCCUCGUCUCGACAACCCGACAGAGCCAGGCACCCCUAAGCUUCGACCCGGAACACGUCCAGCAGAUCAGCAGCCUGUGGGACUGGGCCCAGGCCGGGCUGGACAGCUCCCAGCGGGCGCUGGACUCCCUGCCGGCGCUGCCCCGGUUCUCCUGCGCCAUGGAGCACGCCCGGCUGACGCUGCGGCAGCAGAGGGCCGCUCUGACUCUAGACCUGCUGGAGAAGCUGAGGUAGAUGGUUCAGCCGUGUUUGGUUCUAAUAGAACCGCUUUGCUAAAAUGACACAAUGACACGCUCUGUACUUUUUUGUUUUAACAAAUGGUGUUUUUAAUGUUAUGAUGACUGUUCCUUUGUCGUUUUAAUUAAAUAUGUCUGAUAUGACUGGU